UAAAAACAAUUGGGUCCAAAAUAUGAACGAGAUCCGGAGAAGCGGGUUCGGGUAUAACCCGUCUGGCAUAUAAAACAUCCGCUCGACCCGUUUCCGAUUUUGAAACCAGCAAAUAAGUGGGAAAUAAAUCUUCCCCUCAAAACAUGCGACAGCACAACAAUUUUGCCAACUAAAUCUACACAGUAUUCCUCAAUUGCUUCUGUUUUUUUUUUUUUUUACUAUUAAUCAAUUAAUUAAUUUCUAGAAAGAGAAAUUAAUUCCCGGAUUUGCGGAAGAAAAGCUCCGGCAGAGAAAAUGGUUAGCAGUUCCAAGGGUGAGUCGGCGAGCGACGGCGAGAAUUCCUCCGGCGAUGCGCCGGAGUCCGAUUCCAAGAGACUAUUCACGGAAGGCGAGAAGGUUCUCGCCUUUCACGGUCCCCGCAUCUACGAAGCUAAGGUUCAAAAGGCAGAAAUCCGGAAGAAAGAAUGGAGAUAUUUUGUCCAUUACCUUGGCUGGAACAAAAAUUGGGAUGAAUGGGUAGGCAAGGAUCGCUUGAUGAAACAUACCGAAGAGAAUAUUUUGAAGCAACAGGCUGUUGAUAAGAAAGCCGGUGUUGACAAGAAUACUAAAUCUGGGCGCUCAGCGCAUACAAAACCAAAAAGUUCAGCCGAUGCUAAAGUUGAUAAAGACGAGCCGAAGACUACAUCUGCAAAGGGGAAGAAACGAAAGGCUGAUUCAGGCAUUGAGGAAAAUCCAGCAACAGAUAAACUCAUCAAGAUCCAUAUCCCACCAAAUCUGAAGAAGCAAUUGGUUGAUGAUUGGGAGCAUAUUACUCAGCAGAACAAGCUUGUGAAACUCCCAAGAUCUCCAACUGUUGAUGAUAUAUUGAGAAAAUAUCUCGAGUACAAGUCCAAGAAGGAUGGCGUAAUGACUGAGGCCGUUGGGGAAAUUUUGAACGGGUUACGAGGCUAUUUCGACAAAGCAUUACCGACCAUUCUUUUGUACAAGAAAGAGCGGCAACAAUGCCGAGAUGCAAUUUCAGACAAUACAUCUCCAUCAAGUAUAUACGGAGCCGAACAUUUGUUGCGCCUCUUUGUGAAGUUGCCCGAGUUGUUGGGAUAUGUGAAAGUUGAAGAGGAGACUUUGAUUCGGUUGCAGCAGAAAUUGCUCGAUUUUCUCAAGUUUCUGCAAAAUAACGAGAGCACUUUCUUCGUUGCUGUAUAUGAUGGCCCUAAAGUUACCGAGGGAAGUAGCAAAGGUAAUAAGGAUAACUGACUCUACCGAACUUAUGUACCAUAAUAUCAGGUUAUUAUUAUAGCACAAAGUGUAUUAUUGGUAUAGAAUAUUAUCUGGACCAACUAGCAACAACAUUGUUAGUUUCCAUAGGCUUUUUUUUUACCUUAAAAUCAACAGGCAUUUGUUGUUGUAAUCCAAGAUUUCCUUUGUUUCCUAUUUCCCCUUCAAAA